UGUCACAUUUACGAACGCGUUAUGCGCGUCGGUCCGCGCUCGAUUAAUUAAUUAUCUUAUAAGCAUAAAAGAAAAUACAAGCCAGGGUUUUGUUUUCAGUUUUAUUUGUAUUUUGUUUUCAUGUGUAAGUUGGAAGCUGCGUGAAUAUCAGAUUGAGUGUUGCAACAUUACGUUAGGUAGUGAUUCUGCAGUGUGAUCGAGGAUUGUUUUCAUUGUGAAGAGUUGAAGUCUUAUUGGAUAGGAUGCCGACGAGUGCGGUGUACCAGCCGACGACGGUGACGUACGAGCAACAGCCGAACGACCAGCGAUGGAACUGUCCCAUCAGCUACUUCUCGCGACGGGUGACAAGUAGUCUGAACAGGGCAGUUUGUGUGCGCCUUGGACUGUGCUUGCUGGGGAGCACGCUUUUCAUAAUUGGACUGGCGCUGGUGAUAGCAGGCGGUGUUCAGUACUCCAACACACCGGCAUCAGCGACGCCGGACGUCGACAGCGGCGUCGGAACCCUCAUCGCGGGCGGCGUUAUCCUGUGUCUCGGCUUACUUUUCGCUGGUGUUGGCGGCUGGGCUUGGUCAGCAAGAUGGGGCGGCGGCAAGGAGAUGCCGUCAAGCGGCGCAGCCGGUCUGACCGCUCUGAACCCCUCCACCGACCCCCUGGUGGCCGAGCAGUACGCGCCUGUGCGCGACGCGCCGCCCGCGCCCGACGACGAGAUGCGCAACCUCAUGGACAACAAGGACUGUUUAAGCAGUGCGGAGGAGAGCGACAAAAUGCUUGACGGACGCCCUUCCAUCGCGUAAAGCGACGCGUCUCCGCCCCCGCCGAAGCUACCCUACCAACUCUUAGGCACUCCUUUGAGUUACAAUUUUGUCCCCCUUACAUAUAAAAUCGAGUGGUAUUAUUGAUACAUUACAUAUUUUAUUUAGAUUUGAUGUAGGCUACAUUAUGAGUAGAUUCAUAAGAAAAUUAUUUUACAAAGGUGACGAAUAAGUGACAAUAUCGUAGAAUAAUGUCUAGUAAUGCCACUCGAGAUAUUGUGACCAUGGUAUGAUGUGCAUUUCGAGGUACAAAGUGUUGAUUGAUUACCCAACAGAGAUAAAAUGUCAAAUGUGUGCUUGUUUGUGUGAUAGUAUUAUUUUAAGCACUUGCGUUUGUUCUAUCCACUAUAAAGAUAUAUGACCUAGAUAUCAGUUAACAACGAUGUACAAUGGGUGAAACGUUCAUAGUUUUGCAUCCAUGUUGGGCAAAAUCUUAAGCAUCAAUAAAUGUAGCCAGUCCAAGUGUUGUGCCGAAGGCAAAUUUAUAAUCUUCUCGAAAAUUCGCCUUCAGAUUACUUCUAUGCAUUUAAUUAAUCAAGUUGUAAGUAAUUACUGUAAGCAAAGUUACUUAGUUGAAACACGUUUUGGUAAGGAUUGUCUUAAUUAAUACAAGUUUAGUGAAAGACAAGUGGCCAAAUUAACGUCCAGAGUAAUGUAUAGAUUACUAUAGAGAUAGCAUCUAUAUUUACUACCUAUUUAUUGUAUCUUAGAACUACAUUGUCUUGAAAUGAUCUGCUUAUUUUGAAUUGCAGCUUAUUAAAAUAUGUAUCUCAUAGUAUUAAUCAACUUUAAAAUCUAAUUUUCUAUUUCAUAUACGAAUUGAAUAAUAUAAGUGUAGUGUGUCUAUGAAUUUGUUCAAGUUCAAUUUGAUCUAUAUUUUUUUGUUCAAUUUUCGUCUCGAAUUUUAAAAUAAUUUGUUAGGUUAGUUAGGACCGUCCUGUGUAGGUGUAAGCGCAAAUUGCUUGUUAAACGUGGUCGUGUUUAGAGGUUGUUUUGUGUUGUAUAGCAAUUAGUUUAAUUUAUACGAAACUGAUAUUAUGUUAAGCUCUCUUGAAAAUCAUUCAAUAGUUUUUGAAUAUUUAGACAUAAAGAAACUAAUGUACAAGUAUAACUUCAGGAACAGUUGCAAUUUUUAUAAAUCGUGUAAAUAUAUGUGGAGAAAUAAUUAUAGAAAGAUUACUUAUGUAAAAUGUAACUUUAUGUACUUGUUUAUGAAAUGAACAUUAUAAUUCACUUUUAACUGCAGUGAGUUUUGUUUAAU